GUUGUUAUUCCUUCAUUAACCAUCACACAGAUAUAGUGUAUCUAGUACAAUGGUGAUAGAAAGAACUACAUUAUUAGCUGGUGGGGACAGGAGGACACUGCAAGAGUGUUCGACCAGUGGAUAUAGAGGGACCCUCACAGUUUCCACAGACCAGCUGACUGAAGAGUUGGGGGGGGGGGGGCAGCAGUGCCUGUGGGAGGUUGUCGGACUGAAACCCUUCAGCUUGCGAGUGCAGAAAGGCAUGACGCCCCGGUGAGGAGGACCAAGGCUGGGUGAUCCAUUCGGUCAGGCAGGAGGAACAGACGUAAGGAUGGCCCAGAUGGGAGGAUUAGAUGUGAAGGUGAGGAUGGCCCAGAUGGGAGGAUUAGAUGCGAAGGUGAGGAUGGACCAGAUGGGAGGAUUAGAUGUGAAGGUGAGGAUGGCCCAGAUGAGAGGAUUAGAUGUGAAGGUGAGGAUGGCCCAGACGGGAGGAUUAGAUGUGAAGGUGAGGAUGGCCCAGAUGGGAGGAUUAGAUGUGAAGGUGAGGAUGGACCAGAUGGGAGGAUUAGAUGUGAAGGUGAGGAUGGCCCAGAUGAGAGGAUUAGAUGUGAAGGUGAGGAUGGCCCAGAUGAGAGGAUUAGAUGUGAAGGUGAGGAUGGCCCAGAUGGGAGGAUUAGAUGUGAAGGUGAGGAUGACCCAGAUGGGAGGAUUAGAUGUGAAGGUGAGGAUGGGCCAGAUGAGAGGAUUAGAUGUGAAGGUGAGGAUGACCCAGAUGGGAGGAUUAGAUGUGAAGGUGAGGAUGGCCCAGAUGAGAGGAUUAGAUGUGAAGGUGAGGAUGGCCCAGAUGAGAGGAUUAGAUGUGAAGGUGAGGAUGGCCCAGACGGGAGGAUUAGAUGUGAAGAUGAGGAUGGCCCAGAUGGGAGGAUUAGAUGUGAAGGUGAGGAUGGACCAGAUGGGAGGAUUAGAUGUGAAGGUGAGGAUGGCCCAGAUGAGAGGAUUAGAUGUGAAGGUGAGGAUGGCCCAGAUGGGAGGAUUAGAUAUGAAGGUGAGGAUGACCCAGAUGGGAGGAUUAGAUGUGAAGGUGAGGAUGGGCCAGAUGAGAGGAUUAGAUGUGAAGGUGAGGAUGACCCAGAUGGGAGGAUUAGAUGUGAAGGUGAGGAUGGGCCAGAUGGGAGGAUUAGAUGUGAAGGUGAGGAUGGGCCAGAUGGGAGGAUUAGAUGUGAAGGUGAGGAUGGGCCAGAUAGGAGGAUUAGAUGUGAAGGUGAGGAAGGCACAGCUGGGAAAAGUGUACAUGAAGGCAAUGAUGACGCAGAUGGAAGGAGCAGAUUUGAAGGAUGAAGGCAAGGACGACACAAGCAUGAGGAGCAGACAUGAAGGUCAAGCUUCCCCCAUUAUUAACUCGAAAGAGCUCCUGCAAGCCAAAGCAGAGAGGAGCCUUUGGACAAGCCAGGGGAAGGAAGACGUGACUCACUGCUAUUGACCUCCUAAUAGCACUGACGCCAUGCCAUUGGCCUCCUCAUAGACCUGACGCCCUGCCAUUGACCUCCUCAUAGACCUGACUCCCUGCCAUUGACCUCCUCAUAGACCUAAUGCCAUGCCAUUGGCCUCCUCAUAGACCUGACGCCCUGCCAUUGACCUCCUCAUAGACCUGACUCCCUGCCAUUGACCUCCUCAUAGACCUAACGCCAUGCCAUUGGCCUCCUCAUAGACCUGACGCCCUGCCAUUGGCCUCCUCAUAGAUCUGACGCCCUGCCAUUGGCCUCCUCAUAG